AUGCUUCGAGCAGGUAUACACCCUGAUGCUUGGAGCUAUAACAUUUUGAUUAAUUGUUUGUUCAAGCUUGGGAAACCAGAUGAGGCGAAUCGUAUUUUUAUGGUGAUGGCGCUUAGUGAGCUGCAUCCUUGUUCGGCUACAUAUAACAUCAUGAUUAAUGGGCUUUGUAAGAAUGGAUACGUUAACAAUGCUAUUAUGUUGUUUAGGAACUUGCAACGGCACAGAUUCAUUCCUGAGGUGAUGACAUACAACACACUUAUUAAUCGACUAAGCAAGGCUCGACGAACGGGGACAGCUAGGAGGAUUCUUAGGGAGUUUAAGGAAGCAGGUUAUGAACCUAACUGUAUUACCUACACAACGGUUAUGAAGUGUUGCUUCCAGUGUAGGCAGUUUGACGAAGCGUUAGAGAUCUUGCAUGAGAUGAGGAGUAAAGGGUACACUUUCGAUGGCUAUGCAUACUGCACAGUGAUUGCUGCGCUGAUAAAGAUCGGGCGGAUUGAAGAGGCAGAUGAAAUCGUCAGGCUGAUGCAGCAUAGUGGUAUUCAACCAGAUUUAGUGUCUUAUAAUACAUUGAUAAAUCUUUUCUGCAGACAAGGAAGAUUAGAUGAUGCCAUGAAGUUACUUGGCGAGAUAGAGAAAGAAGGUCUGGAAUGCGAUCAAUAUACACACACGAUUAUAAUUAAUGGAUUGUGCAAGGCAGGCAACUUUUUAGGUGCAAAACAGCAUUUGAUUUAUAUGAACUCACUGGGGUUUGGUUACAAUUUGGUUGCGCAUAACUGUAUUCUUCAUGGAUUGGGUAAAGCAGGUCAUAUUGAUCAUGCAAUGAAAUGGUUCGAAUCAAUGGAAGUUAAAGACUCUUUCACGUAUACCAUCAUAGUGCACAACCUUUGUAGGGCUAGAAGGUUCCUUUGUGCCUCCAAGAUCAUGGUUUUGUGUCUAAAUUCUGGGUUUCGGAUCUUAAGGGCUACUCAGAGAGCUGUUAUUGAUGGUCUUUGUAGUAUAGGAUAUACAAAUGAAGUCAGGAAACUCAAGCUUAAACUACAAGUGAUUCGACUAUUACAUGAUUAA